AUAUAUGGCUGUAAACCCCGGGAGAAACCAAUGCAACUUUGUCUUCAAAACACUUUCUUUUUCUUUGAGUAUAGCCCCUAAUCCGCCAAAGAGCAAAGAGGGAAAAAACCAAAAAUAAGAACUGAUUCAGAGUUAUUUUUGGUUGUAUUCUUAGCUCUUACCACUUAUUAAAGAAUAUUUCCACUCUUUAUUUGUUUGUUCUUGGUCAAUAAAAUUAUGGACGUGAGUGCUCAAAUCCUCCUAGUAACCUUUCCGGCUCAAGGGCACAUCAACCCCUCGCUCCAAUUCGCCAAGCGCCUCGUGGAAAUGGGCGUCCACGUCACUCUCUUAAUGGCAAUUUCAGCCGUCAAAAGCAUAACCAAAAGCACCGUUGCGCCACAAGGCAUAACCUUUCUCGGCUUCUCCGAUGGCUACGACGACGGCUUCACAGCCGGCAUGGAUUUCGAAGCCUACAUGACUGACCUGAGGAGACGUGGUUCGGAGGCAGUAGCAACAGCCAUCACUGCUAGUGGUGGCAAUGGAAAGCCCAUUGUGCAUGUGGUCUACACCACCCUUCUCCUUUGGGUAAGCCAUGCUGCGCGUGACCUUCAUGUGCCAUCCACUCUCCUUUGGAUUCAACCAGCCACCAUCUUGGAUAUUUACUGCUAUUCCUUCUAUGGUUAUGGAGAUGUACUCAGUGAGAACAAAAUAUCUGACCCUUCAUGGUCAAUUGAAUUACCGGGAUUGCCACGACUCACUGACCGUGAUCUUCCUUCUUUUCUAAGUGCUGCAAAUGCGUAUAAAAGUCCGCUGCCUUUGUAUAAAGAGCAUAUAGAUGCUCUAGAUGAAGAAAAAAAUCCGAAAAUACUUGUAAACUCUUUCGAUGCAUUGGAAUCGAAGGCUCUACAGGCUAUUAAGAAGUUAAAUUUUGUUGCUAUUGGACCACUAAUUCCGUCAGCUUUCUUGGACGGAAAGGAUCCAUCUGACAUUUCUUUUGGAGGAGACCUCCUUGAAAAAUCAAAGGACUAUAUCGAUUGGUUGGAUUCGAAGCCAAGAGGAUCUGUUAUAUACGUGGCAUUUGGAAGCACCUCUGUUUUAGCGAAGAAACAAUCAGAGGAGGUCGCACGUGGUCUUCGUGAUUGCGGUAGGCCAUUUUUGUGGGUGAUGAGAGAAAAGGGAAAUGGUGAAAAAGAAGAAGAUGAUAAGGCGAGUUACAAAGAAGAAUUGGAGCGACAAGGGAUAAUUGUGUUGUGGUGUUCUCAAGUGGAGGUUUUGUCACACUCCUCCGUGGGUUGUUUUGUGAGUCAUUGCGGGUGGAAUUCUUCGAUAGAGAGCUUAGUUUUUGGGGUUCCAAUGGUGGCUUUUCCACAAUGGGCAGACCAAGCGACAAAUGCCAAGCUUAUUGAAGAUGUCUGGAAGACGGGGGUUCGACUGACAAAAAAUGGAGAAGGAAUUGUUGACGGUGGUGAGGUUAAGAUGUGCAUUGAAAUGGUGAUGGGAGGUGGGGGUAGAGGGAAGGAAAUGAGAAACAAUGCUAAGAAGUGGAAGGAUUUAGCAAGAGAAGCAACCAUGGAAGGUGGAUCGUCGGACAAGAAUCUCAAGGCUUUUGUUGAUGAGGUUAGAGCUCGUUAGAGCUUGUUUUAGACUAUUCGAACCUCAAUCUAGCCCAUUAAUAAGGUGAUGCAAUCCAUCCCAUAAAUAAGGUGAUGGAGGGUGAAUUCGAAGAAAGUCAUAUUUUAUUUUAAUUAAUUUAGGCUUAUUAUUUUUAUUUAUUAUAUUUUAAUUCAAUCAAAAUGUUGUAUCUACUUUCCUAGAUUCUUUUGUUUUAGGUUUCGUACUAUUAGAAAUAAGGAUGUAAGCCUUAGGGCACGUUGGUUGUUUAUUCUUUUUAUUAAUGAAAAUUGAGAGUUUUCUCAUUA